AGCAGCUUAUUGUAAUCAGAUAGUUGCAAUAUUUAUGCGUGUCAAAUUGCGAAGAGUAUAUAUAUCCAAGCGGCAACAUGAGCUAGCUGACCAGCUCCAGCUCCAGGCUGUGUGCCUUUGCAUCAGAUUCUACCUCACCUAUUGCCUUAGCCUGACAGAGAUUGCCCAAACCAGACAGAUUCCUCCACUUUUUAUUGCAUGAUUGCAUCAGGAAACGUCCCAUCUAGCUCUCUCGAGCUGCACAGCAAUUUGCACAACAAUAUUGCUUACCACUUCAUCUCCCAGCUGCAGAAUUUCAUAGCAGAGAUGGGAUGUGUAGAAUCCAAGCUGGUUGCUACUAUCAAGUACAGGAGAGUGGAGAAGGAUCUUGACAAGAAGGUGGCUGAGGCGCUCAAGGAGAGGACCAAGUCGAAGAAGAAGACCUUCAGGUCAGUGAACAGCAUCACCAUGGGUCUCCCUCGCUUCAAGGAGGGCCUCAGGAACAUCAGGGAUGUCUUCGACCAAUAUGAUGAGGACUCAAAUGGGACAAUUGACAAUGAGGAGCUGAGGAACUGCCUGAACAAGCUUCAGGUCCAGAUGUCAGAGGAGGAGAUCGACAAUAUUCAUCGCUACUGCGACAUCGACAACAGGAAGGGGAUCCAGUUCCCGGAGUUCGUCGUCUUCCUCUGCCUCAUGUACCUUCUUUUUGGUUCAGAUGUCACAUACCGUGUUUCAGAGUUUGAAUCCGCCAGGCUCAACUAUGUUUUCGAUGAGCUCAUCGACGCCUUCCUGUUCUUCGACAAGGAUGGAAAUGGCAAGAUGAAGAGGAAAGAUGUAACCCAGAGGAUGAAUGAGGCUACUCAUCAGGAGAGGACCCCCAGCCACAUAACGUCACAGCUAUUCAAAGAGAUGGACCUGAACAGGAAUGGCCAUGUGAACCUGAAGGAGUUUCUCUUAUCAAUUAUCAGAUGGGCAGGAGUUGAGACUGAUGAUGAUGAAGCAAGAAAUGAGACUUCUCCAUAGUCUUCUUUUAUUUUCACAUUUGUCAAAUGUACAGCAGAAGAUCAAAUUGCAAGUUCAGAGUGCACUUACUAUUCAGUCACAUUGCUUCUGUGGCCAAGUAUUGUUGACUCAAUGUUCAGAUUGCAUGGAACUAAAUUAUGUAUACAAACAAGAUGUAAAGGGUAUUGUAUAAGAAACUGUACUCUAAAUUGACAUGUGUGUUCAUUCUCCCAGAAAUUUUGAUUU